AUGGCCCCAAGUCAGCUGAAGUCAAGGGAUCAUGUCAGCUUGAAAGAUUGUUUUUCAAACAGAAAUGUUAUAGCCUCAACCCAAACCAAAGAAGGUCUGAACCUCUUGUUGAUAAGUGGAGAUGUUUCAUAUUUCUGUGCUGAUGUCAUUGUCAACACUGUACCCACGGAUCUUCAGCUUGGAAGAGGACCACUCUCUCAGGCUCUUUUGCAGAAAGCUGGUCCCAUCCUCCAGGAAGAGUUAAAUGCCACCAAACAGGAAACAGAGGAGGAAGUGGGUAGCAUAUUCAUGACAAGUGGCUACAAUCUGGACUGCAAAGCUGUGCUCCAUGUUGUGGCUCCAGACUGGGAUAAUGGAAUGGGGUCUUCUCAGCAGAUCAUGGCAAGUAUAAUCAAGAAAUGUUUGAUGACUGUAGAAGAGCUAUCCUUCUCAUCAAUCACAUUUCCCAUGAUUGGAACAGGAAAUUUGGGAUUUCCCAAAGCUAUAUUUGCUAAAAUAAUGCUCUCAGAAGUGUCUAAAUUUAGUAGCAGUUCAUGGCUGAAAACCUUACAAGAAGUGCACUUUCUGGUACAUCUAGAUGAUGAUGAAAGCCCUCAGGCAUUUUUAGAUAGAUUCACUAGAUGGUCCAGUGGAAAGCCCAAAAAGCACAGGAAUCUCAUGGCUGGAGGUACUCAAGGUAUCUCCGGGACUGUCACUAACCCCAACUCCACAACGUAUGAAAUGAAAAUUGGUGCACUUACUUUCCAGGUUGCUGUUGGAGAUAUCACAGAAGAAAGUGUAGAUGUUAUUGUAAACUCAACAACAAGGAUGUUUAAUCUGAAAUCAGGGGUGUCAAAAGCAAUUUUAGAAGGUGCUGGACCAGCUGUGGAAGAUGAAUGUGCUGUGCUAGCAACACAGCCUCACAGAGAUUUUAUAGUUACACAAGGUGGACACUUAAUGUGCAAGAUAAUAAUUCAUGUUCCUGGGGAAAAUGAUGUCAAGAAAACGGUUUCCAGUGUUCUAGAAGAGUGUGAACAGAGGAAGCACACAUCUGUUUCCCUUCCCGCCAUUGGAACAGGAAAUGCUGGGAAAAACCCCGUCAGAGUUGCUGAUGACAUGAUCAGUGCUAUUGUAGACUUCACAGAGAAACAUUUUGACCCAUCAUUAAAAAAAGUUAAAGUUGUUGUCUUUCGAGCCGACCUGCUAACUGUAUUCUAUGACAACAUGAAGAAAAGAGAAAACACCACAUCACCUACCUUUCAGUCCACAUUCCCCAAGGCUGCAUAUAAUAUUCCUGAACACUGGACUGACAUGAACCAGCAGCAGUUUUGUGUGAUCCCACUACAACCUGGACAGUCAGAAUAUGAUGCUGUGAAGAACAAGUUCUCUCAGACUUGUCUUUCUUACACAAUAGAGAAGAUUGAGAGGAUACAGAAUGGAUUUCUCUGGCAGAGCUACCAGAUAAAGAAAAAGCACAUGGACACCAAGAAUGGCCGUACAGAUAAUGAGAGAAUCCUCUUCCACGGGACGGACGCGGGCUCGGUGCCGCACGUCAAUCGGCUCGGCUUCAACCGCAGCUACGCCGGGAGGAACGCUGUAGCCUAUGGAAAAGGAACCUAUUUUGCUGUUGAUGCCAGCUAUUCUGCUGAUGAUAAAUACUCCAGACCAGACAGCAAUGGGAGGAAGCACAUUUAUGUUGUACGAGUACUUACAGGAGUCUACACACUUGGGCAUGAAGGAUUAAUUACCCCUCCAUCAAAGAACCCUUACAAUUCCACAGAUCUGUUUGACUCUGUCACAGACGAUAUACAGCAUCCAAGUAUAUUUGUGGUAUUCUUUGAUAAUCAAGCUUACCCAGAAUAUCUCAUAACUUUCAGAUGUUAA